AUGGCUGGUAGUUAUCACCGUCAGCAAUGGCAGCAAGGCCCGACGGCUGCUCAAACACCAUAUAAGCCUGACCGCCGAAACGAACAAUGGCAAUCGCAAGAGCAAGGGCAAGCUCAAGUUGGGUAUAACCACGAGUACCAACGUUUCAACGAGUACCCAAAGAGCCAGAAUGGUUACAACGCAGGGCAUCAACCGGCUCAGUACCAACCGCAAGACCAAUGGGAGGGUCAGAGCCACAAUCAGUACUCGCAGGCUGCACCUCAACAGAACUACUCAAGCUCUAGGGACGUCCAUGCGAGUGAGUUCAGUCAUGGGCAGUAUGAGCAAGGCCCACCUGCCAGUCGCAACUAUCAAUAUGAUGAGCGCUAUCGAAGCAACAACGGGCCGGGAAGGCCUCCACUGCAGCAGAAUGGAUCAUCUCACUCCAACGGCAAUGGACAUGCGCCUCGAGACCAGAGAUCUGAAAGGUCCACGCCUAAGCAUCGACCCAAGCCAUGGGAUAACCCCUUUGGUGCAUUCCCUCCGAAACAGAAGCCAAGCGACAAAGACAGGCACGCAAGUCUGGACAAUGCAAUGGAAGAUCUAAACAUUGGUGAUCGUCGAUAUAGUGGUGGACUUGAGAGACCAUCGACCUCUCAUGACCAAAGGGGACCGGCUUCUAGAAAAGAUCCACCAAGGCCCAGUACUUCGCACGACCGUCGACCUAACAUAUCUACUCCUCCAUAUCAAUCUCAGGUCCCUCUGCCCGGCCGCCAAUCUCCUGAGGCGAGUCGCCAGUACCAAGAGGUUCGACUACAGGGAGUUAGGGCAAGCCCACCCAAGCAACCCAUGCAACAGCAACUCCCACCUGCACCUGCACCACAGAGUCGAGGGCCUCCUCCACAAAAUCGAGGCCCCCCUCCCCAAAGCCAUCCCCAGUCUGGUCAAUACAACGAGAUGGACUCAUAUGGGUCUCAAAACGGGUUCGAUUCCAAAGUUGAUGGGUAUGGCCCAUCUAGAGGUUAUCGAGAUGACUAUGGUCUUGACGAAGGCUACCAUCGAGAUCACAUUCCACAGAGCAUGGCUCAUCAAUCUCCAAUUGACCCUCGUGGCCGAAACAAUCUCCAACAGGCAGCUACCUUUGAAGAGCUUAAACCUCCUCCCCGCGCGAUGACUACAGGCCAUGUAGAACAGGUAGGCUAUCGAGGAGCACCUCCAGCCGGUCUCAGCCAAACAAGGAGUAAUGAAAUGCCCGACUUUGAUGCCAUUCCAGCGCUCCCAAAUGAGCAAGUGGACGAGUUGUUUGGUUCGAGUCCACGAGCGCACGAGCAGCGGGCAUAUCAAAAACCCGUCUACCAGAUUCCGGGGUCAUAUCCCGACCAAGGAAACGGGAGAAUCGAUCAGUCUGAUCCCCAGGAGUUGGUGUCUCCCUUGGCCGAAUUUUCCUUCGAUCUACCGCCUAGCAUAAACCAGCGCCCGAUGACACCAAGCCGAAAUGAAACAACCAUGCAAGACGGAUAUCGGUCUUACCAGCAAGGCUACCAGGGAGCCUAUGAUCAGCGGCCGGGGAGAAAUAAUGGGUUUGACGAGUUUCAACAUCAGCAUCCACAUUCCCAGUACCCUCCUCGAGCUGCCAGCCGUAAUGGAAUGAAACCGCAACUGAACAUCAUGCCACGCCCACCACCAUUGCCUGUCACAGUGCCGGGAUAUCGUUCCUUCAGCGAGGGCCAGAACCCCCGAGGGCAGGUGAACCAUGUAUCACCACCUGAUGCAAGAAGUUUUGACAUGGGCAAUCCAUACGACCAGGAGCCCCAACAGAAUGGGAGAGGUCCACCGGAAGCAGCUGUCCACGCACCAUAUAAUCAGAAUUGGAACCAGUCAGCUCCAAGCCAGCCGUUCCAGCAACAACAGAAGCAACAGUAUGCAGAGGGCACACCUGCAAGGACCACAUCUCAAGAUAACUAUACACCUGGGCCGCCUCAGCCUGGCUACUCGAAAAACGCCCAUCCGGUGCCUGUACGUCAUUAUGGUACGCCCGCUCCAAUUAGCAAUAAUCCAGAUGCGUUGCCAGCUCAUCCGGAGCCAGUGAGGCAGGGAACAGGCAGUUUCAAUAACAGCUACGCACUUCCAGGCGGGCCAAGCGGACCACAACCAGGGCCACCUCCACCAGCCCCAGCAAAUCGGCAAGGGUCUGCACCGGUGUCGAAUGGUAGAGCUUCGCCCAGCACGAUUACACUGCAAGAAAUUACCAGCUUGCGUGAGGCUUAUAGUCGAAUCCCUAAUGAUUAUGCGCAGGGGUUGAAGCUCGCGAAGAAAUUGGUAGAGGCGGCGCGUGUACUUUCGGAUGAGGGAGGAGCGGCGGAUGCCAAACAAACGCAGAAGAACCGGGAAAGGUACAUUUUCGAUGCACAUAAAUUGGUGAAGAAACUGGUUGCAGCGAACUAUACAGAAGCUAUGUUCUACUUGGCCGACUGUCAUGGACAAGGACUUUUGGGAUUGGCCGUGGAUCCUCGCGAGGCGUUCAAUUUGUACCAAUCAGCAGCGAAAUUAAACCAUGCUCAGAGUGCAUACCGAGUGGCGGUGUGCUGCGAAUUGGGACAAGAAGAUGGAGGAGGGACACGAAGAGAUCCCAUGAAAGCAGUGCAAUGGUACAAACGAGCCGCGACGCUAGGAGAUCCACCGGCGAUGUAUAAGAUGGGUAUGAUUUUGCUCAAAGGACACCUGAACCAGCAGAAGAGCCCUCGAGAGGCGGUUUCAUGGCUCAAGCGAGCAGCUGAGCGGGCGGACAAAGACAACCCGCAUGCCCUGCAUGAGCUGGGCCUGCUGUACGAGUCCGCGACGCCGACUGAUCAUAUUGUCAAGGACGAAAGGUACUCUGUUCAAUUGUUUCAACAAGCGGCAGAACUAGGGUACAAGUAUUCGCAAUUCCGGCUAGGAUCAGCAUAUGAAUAUGGGUUACUUGGAUGCCCGAUCGAUGCUCGGCAAAGUAUUGCUUGGUAUACGAGGGCAGCGGCCCAAGGAGAACACCAGUCGGAGUUGGCGCUUAGUGGUUGGUAUUUGACCGGGUCAGAGCCACUUCUUACUCAGAGUGACACGGAGGCGUUCCUCUGGGCCAGGAAAGCGGCAAGUUCUGGGCUUGCAAAAGCUGAAUAUGCAAUGGGCUACUUCUUCGAGGUUGGAAUUGGGACUGGAGUUGAUGUGGAGGAGGCGAAGCGAUGGUACUAUAGGGCUGCUGGUAAGUUCUUCCUUGACUGUUUGUUUCCAUGCAACGUUGCCGUCACUAACAUCUGA